GCACCCGCGGAGGACUCGCGGGGACUUGUGGCGGUGCAGCCAUGGUCAAGAUCAGCUUCCAGCCCGCCGUGGCCGGCGUCAAGGGCGACAAGGGUGACAAGGCUCCCGUCCUUGCCCCUGGGCCGGCCGCGGAGAUCCUGCUGACGCCUGCCCGGGAGGAGCGGCCAUCCCAGCCCCGCUACAAGAAGGGCGGCUCCGUGGGCAGCGUGUGCUACCUGUCCAUGGGCAUGGCGGUGCUGCUCCUGGGCCUGGUGUUCGCGUCUGUCUACAUCUACAGAUACUUCUUCCUGGCCCAGCUGGCCCGAGAUAACUUCUUCCACUGUGGGGUGCUCUACGAGGACCCCCUGUCCUCCCAGAUGCGCACACGGAUGGAGCUGGAGGAGGACGUGAAGAUUUACCUGGAGGAGAACUACGAGCACAUCAACGUCCCAGUGCCCCAGUUUGGGGGCGGUGACCCCGCCGACAUCAUCCACGACUUCCAGCGGGGCCUGACCGCCUACCACGACAUCUCCCUGGACAAGUGCUACGUCAUCGAGCUCAACACCACCAUCGUCCUGCCUCCUCGCAACUUCUGGGAGCUGCUCAUGAACGUGAAGAGAGGGACCUACCUGCCACAGACAUACAUCAUCCAGGAGGAGAUGGUGGUCACGGAGCACGUCAGCGACAAGGAGGCGCUGGGCUCCUUCAUCUACCACCUGUGCAGUGGCAAGGACACCUACCGGCUACGGCGCCGUGCCACCCAGAGGCGAAUCACCAAGCGAGGGGCCAAGAACUGCACCGCCAUCCGCCACUUCGAGAACACCUUCGUGGUGGAGACGCGCAUCUGCGGGGUGGUGUGACGUCAUCCCGCCC